CUGACAGAUCACCAGCAGUUGUCGGCAAGGCCCAGCCCAGCCCUGCCACCACUUUGUCCUUCACACCGGCCCCGGCCCCCGGCUCUGCUGCAGCCUCCGCCACCGUGGAUUCAUCGUUUGACCGCCAUUGGAGAGCACGGAUUCGGCAAUGACCUGAGAGGCUGCCGGCAGUUUCGAGCAGGAUCCGUACUCAGAGCGACACCCUCCAGCCCCCCCCCUCCCCCACCCACCCCCCCCUCCCCCCGACAACAAUAUGGGGCGCAAGAAGAUUCAGAUUACUCGCAUCUUGGACGAACGUAACCGACAGGUGACGUUUACCAAGAGGAAGUUUGGUCUGAUGAAGAAGGCGUAUGAGCUGAGCGUGUUGUGUGACUGUGAGAUCGCCCUCAUCAUCUUCAACCACUCCAACAAGCUGUUCCAGUACGCCAGCACCGACAUGGAUAAGGUGCUGCUCAAAUACACAGAGUAUAACGAGCCUCAUGAGAGCCGCACCAACGCCGACAUCGUGGAGACGUUGAGGAAGAAGGGCACUAACGGCUGUGACAGCCCGGAGGCGGAUGUGGAUGAGACUGUGGACCAGAGCCCCUACAUGGACGACAAGUUCCGUAAAGUGACCGACGAUAUCGACGUCCUCUUCAAACGCUACGGGGUGAGUGUCUCAGCCCGCCCCCCCCCACUGACCCCCCCCGCCCCCACCCCACC